AUGCACUGUACGUCUCGAAAUGUCACAAAUGCUGCUGUCUUCACACCCGAGUUUCCAUCUCGAAGCUCCAAGCGCGAUGCAAUUUUGGCUGCCAUUCUAGCACAGAAUAUGAAGAAAUAUGCGGUGAAGACAGGGACUAAGCGCAAUUGUCCCGUAUUUGCUGCUCCAGUCAAGCAACGUGUUUGUCGCCCAGACGAUGAGAUUCAAGCGCUGCAGCAGGAUGUCGAAGAGCUUGAGGCGAGACUCGCGGCUGCUCAGAGAUGCAAGAAAGCACAUACUAAGACACACGCUAUCAUGAACCGUCUCGACAGUAUUUUACAGCCUUGUCAGAAGCAGACCGACCAGGGCGUCACGACGGAAUUUUUAGACUUGUCUAGCUGUGGUCAGCGCGAAUACGAGCCUAUGGUAGAUGCACCUGUGUAUAGGCUCAUGGAAAAGAGCGUUGUCGAUCAAUACGACCACUUGGCGCAGGUUUUUAGAGACGCGGGAUUGGAAGACCACGAGACGGACUUGCACGACGCGCGUGUUGUUACAGGAGGUCAACAGGGUACAUUUGUACGCUUUACGACAGCUAAAUUAGUGCCUUUUGCACUUGAUGCUAUUAGUAGAGCUAUAUGGAAAACGACUAGAAAAUCAUCGGCGUUGAAUAUGGAAGCAAUUGAGUCGACUAUUGAAGGUGGAGAUGAUAGCGUCAUGCAUGUCAAAAGAGUGUGUCUCCUGCACGACGAUGCUACCGGUUGUGCGGGUAUUCCGGUGCUGAUGCGUGGCGUGUGUCGUCGCUUCGUAGAGCCACAUCGGAUCGUGGUGGUCUGGGAAGGCACGGGGGACUGGCCCAAGGACUACCUCCAAUGUAACCCUAGCAGCGUUCCGAUUCGGGAGCGUGGCUACUGCGUCGUCCAGAAUUUCACCAGUGGAAACAACAAUAACGGAAGUGCUAGCCCGUUGAGUUUACUCCAGAUCUGUGUCUGCAUGACACCCGGUUUGUCGGCGGAUAUUGAUACGAGCGAACCGGAAUGCCUGCAAAUGCUCUCGAACGUCGUGAUUCCGUCCUAUCGCAAGAUUUUGGACGCACGCGAGCAAACACUCGAGAAUUGUAUUCUAGACGAGAUGGUCCAUUGCAAGAUAAGUGGAUCCGCGAGUGAACGAACAAGGUUGACAAUAGCUUAA